AUGCAUGGACGGGUGAAAGUCCGGCGGUCUGAGGAGCAGGAGCGUCUAAGGAAUGAGAAAAAGAAGAAGGCCGAAAAGGAACUUCGUUUCGCGCUCGAUAACCUGCUUUCUGAUAGGAGAAAUGGAAUCCUGACUUUGGAUAAAUUGCGUGAACUCACUCCAAUUAUUGAAACUGCUCCCGACAUGACAUCGUUGUGGAAUUAUCGUCGUGAAAUCAUUAACGCCAGUUUGCUACACGAUGAAUGCCCGAGAGCUGAACAGUCAAAGCUUAUGAAUGAUGAAUUAGAACUGACCACACGUUGUUUGAAAGCUUCACCAAAGUCGUAUGCUGUUUGGCAACAUCGUUCAUGGGUUAUGAUACACCAUCCCACUCCGAACUGGCACCAGGAAAUCGAAUUCUGCAAUGCCGCUCUGAAGUUAGACGAAAGAAAUUUUCACUGUUGGGAUUAUCGACGGUUUGUCGUUCUUCAUGGGAAAAUUCGGACACAGUCAGAACUGCUAUAUACUGAUAGCUCAUUGGAGAGUAAUUUCAGUAAUUACUCUGCGUGGCAUUAUCGUAGUGAGAUCCUCAGCUCUUCAGAUCCAGUGAUGGAAUCCUCGCUUCCUGUUAGCCCUCCACCUUACGUGCAAUCCAAAAAUGGUUUCUGUUCCUAUACAGUUGAAGAAGCCAUGCCUGCCGAUGAACUGGAGUUAGUCCACAAUGCGAUAUUCACGGAUCCCAAAGACCAGAGCCCUUGGUUUUAUUACUGGUGGCUUUUAGGUCGGGGUAUCCGGAAAGCUUAUUUACGAGAGGUCUAUGUUUCGCGCACCCUUGGUCGCCUGGUUGUUAUAUUCACUGCAGCGAAACCUUUGAGCGCAUUGAAGUUACUCUCUGUACGCAUUAAAGUCACGCCAAUGACAUCUGUGAACGUGGAGCCUUUGGAGUUGACGGUUGACGAUUUGGGCGGUUGGCAGUCUGUGCUAUCAGAAAAUGUGUCUGCUGUGUGGUGGCUUCCCAUCGAUCCGGAUUCUUUUUCACCUUAUGCCCCGCCAAGCAUUUGCAGUUUAUUUCAUUCCAAUCCCUCUCAUUUUGACAUUUCUGUUUGUAUUCGGAACGUGGAAAACUCAAGGGAGCCAAAAGUGUGUUUUUCCCCAGACUGUCCUCCGGAUCAUAUCUUUUGUCUCAAGUGUGUCUUAGAUUUCUCUCAGUCGGAGUCAUUGACUAGAGUAGACUUGGACCCUCUGCGCCUGUUAAAUCCGAUAAUUUCACCGACGAAUGAACCGGAAGCACUACAAGGUGAAUUGGAUAACAUACGCGAUUUAGUAGGCAUGGAACCUCAGAACAAAUGGGCUCUGUUGACUCUCAUAGAUCUUCUACGCUUCAUUCAUCCACCCGGAUCAAAAGCCGAAAUAAACAAUGCCAUAGACACUUUGUCUGUAGUUGACGAGGAACGAGCCGUGUAUUAUGCUGACAUGAGAACCGCCUGUGCUGCCCAAGAUGCACUUGUGCAAACGUUUCACAAGCAUUCCCGUGAAAUAUCCCUUAAGGGAAUAGGAAUGGAGCGCCUACCCUACUUGGAUUGGUAUGCAUUGAUGACCAGAAUUGAUUUAUCUUGCAACCGCAUAUCGAAACUUCCCGAAACCAUCGCUUACUUAGUGUGCCUUGCGGAUUUAAAUUUGGACGACAAUUUACUAAGCUCUCUCCAUGGAAUUAGUCGUUUACCCUGUCUAUCACGUCUUUCUGUUCAGCGAAAUCGCCUACAAAAUUUUCCUGCGAUAGAAGAGCUGUUACGAUGUCCAAAACUGCAAAAUGUCUAUAUGCAUGGUAAUGAGGUAACGAAACUCUCCGAUCUCACGACCCUAUUGGCCGAACAUCCCGGAUCUAAAAAUAAAUCACAUUCUUUCAUUGUGACUUACGACAAGUGA